AUGUCCGCUUUCAGACUUCCUCAAGAAACUUGUCGCCAUUGCAACAGUCAGUUGUAUAAGUUUUGGUGGGCCAACCAGGACAAGGAGAAUGGCAUUCACUGGAUAUCUUGGAGUGCUGUCUGUCAAAGUAAGUUUGCUAGUGGGUUAGGUUUUUGGGAUUUUAAUCGUUUUAAUGUUGUUUUGCUAGCCAAACAGGCAUGA